CGUGCGCGCGCCCUGGGUCUGGAGAGCUCCCAGGCAGUGGCUGAGGACGAGGAGCAGAAUCUGAGGCCUUGGGGUUUGGGGGGCAGGACGUGCAUCCAGUAGGAAGCCCCCGAAAAGGAGGACCCACUCAAGGUGACCAUGGAGAGUGGGACAGAGGCUCCGGGGACCGAGGACAGAGACUCUGCCCUCCCCAGACAGAUGAACAGAGGUCACCGUAUGGAGGGAGCGACCUCUGGGUUCCUGGAGGCCCCUGGCUCCCUGGCAUCACUGACCUUCCAGGAUGUGGCUGUGGCCUUCAGCCAGGAAGAGUGGAGACACCUGGAUCCAGCUCAGAAGAGCCUGUACCGAGACGUGAUGCUGGAGAACUAUCGGCACCUAGUCUUCCUGGGGCUUCCAGUUUCCAAGCCAGAGCUGAUCUCCCAGCUGGAGUGUGGGGAAGGCUCAUGGAUGCUGUUGGAGGAAGAGCCGAGAAGCCCCCAUGCAGACCAAAAUAGUAGUCCAAAGACCAAGAAGACAGUUCUAAAGCAGGGCAUUUUAGUGGAAAAAUCACCCCAGGAAAGACUCUCAAGAGAUCAUCACAAGGAUUUUAAGUUUGGAAAAGUUGGCAGUUAUGGCCAGAGGCUUAACAGGCAACAGGUCAACCAGAAGAGAGACUUAAGGCAAGGAAGGAAAAUUUCUAAGUCAAGAGAGCAUGAAUGUGUAUUUAAGAAAAACUUCCAUCAAAGGUCAGUCCUUGAAAUACAAAGGAAUGUUCCUUCAGAAAAGAGUCUCCAUAAAUAUGACACCCAUGGGAAUAGCUUUAAAUUGUCUUCAGACCUGAAUAGUUAUAAUGGAAUUUCCUCAGGAAGGAAACCUCAUAUGAAUAAUGCUUGUAACAAGGCCUUCAGUUACCAUUCAGACCUUAUUCGAUAUCACAGGGUAACCACUAGAGAAAAACCCUAUGUAUUUGAUGAAUUUGGCAAAGCCUUCCAGCAGAGGCGACAGCUUACUCGACAUCACAGAAUUCGACCUGGAGAUAAACCAUAUACAUGUACAGAAUGUGGGAAAACUUUCAGUCGGAUUCCCUAUCUUAUGCUACAUCAGAGAAUUCAUACUGGAGAGAAGCCCUAUAAAUGUAAUGUAUGUGAAAAAGCCUUUUGCCAAAGAGGACAUCUCACUGAACAUCAGAGAAUUCAUACAGGAGAGAAGCCCUAUAAAUGUAACAUAUGCGAAAAAGCAUUCACUCAGAGUGGACAUCUUACUGAACAUCAAAAAAUUCAUAAUGGAGAAAAACCCUACAAAUGUAGUGAAUGUGGGAAAACCUUUAGCAAUAAAUCAUCCCUUAUUCUACAUCGCAGAUUUCAUACUGGAGAGAAACCAUACAAAUGUUAUGAAUGUGGGAAAGGCUUCACCAAUAGCUCGGUCCUUAUUGUACACCAGAGAAUUCACACUGGAACCAAACCCUAUAAAUGUCAUGAUUGUGGGAAGGCCUUCCUUCAGUACAUAGGGCUUGUGGUACAUCAGAGAAUUCAUACUGGAGAAAAACCUUAUAAAUGUCACAUAUGUGAAAAAGCCUUCAGCCAAAGUGGGCAUCUCAGCGAGCAUCAUAAAAGUCACAAUGGAGAAAAACCCUAUGAAUGUAAUGAGUGUGGGAGAGCCUUCAGCAAUACCUCAUCUCUUAUUCUGCAUCACAGAAUUCAUACUGGAGAGAAACCUUACAAAUGUAAUGACUGUGGGAAAGCCUUUAGUAACAGCUCAGUUCUUACUGUACAUCAAAGAAUUCAUACAGGAUCAAAACCUUAUAAAUGUCUUGAAUGUGGGAAGGCCUUUCUUCAGUGUAUAGGUCUUAUUGUACAUCGGAGAACUCAUACUGGAGAGAAACCUUAUAAAUGUAACGUAUGUAAAAAAGCUUUCAGUCAAAGGGGACACCUUACUCAACAUCUGAAAAUUCAUAAUGGAGAGAAGCCCUACAAAUGUAGUGAGUGUGGAAAAGCUUUCACCCAGAGGGGACACCUUACUGAACAUCGGAGAACCCACAGCGGAGAGAAACCAUACACAUGUAAUGAAUGUGGUAAAGCUUUUAGCAACCACUCACACCUCACUCUUCAUCACAGAAUUCAUACUGGAGAGAAGCCCUAUAAAUGUAGUGAAUGUGGCAAAGCUUUCAGUCAAAGGGGUCACCUCACUGAACACCAAAGAAUUCAUACUGGGGAGAAACCUUACAAAUGUAAUGAAUGCAGUAAAGCCUUCAGCAGCCGUUCACGACUUACACUACAUCAUAGAAUUCAUACUACAGAAAAGCCUUGUAAACGUCGUGAACGUAAAAAAGCCAUCCCCCAUGGUGUGGACCUUCCUCAGUGUCAAAGAAUUAAAACUGGGGGGAAAUGUUAUAAAUGUGCUGAAUGUAGCAAAGCCUUCCGAAGCAGCUCUUCCCUAGCUCUUCAUCAGAGGAUUCAUAGUGGAGAAAAACCCUAUGAAUGUAGUGAAUGUGGAAAAGCAUUUAGUCGGAGAAUAUAUCUUACUAAACACCAGAGACUUCAUAAUGGGGUGAAAACUUUUAAGUGUAGUGCAUGUGAGAGUAGUACUCAGUGUACAUGUCUUAUUCAACAUCAGACAAUUCAUUCUAGAGAGGCACCUUCCACGUCUAGUGAGUAUUCAGAAGCCUUCAGUAAUAACUCACCUCAUGUUCCACAUCCCAAAAGUCAUAGUAGAAAGAAAUCCUAUGAAUGUUAUGAAUGUGGGAAGCCUUUCAGCAGUCGUGCAGGCCUUAUUGUACAUCUGAGAAUUCAUACAGGAGAAAAACCCUACAAGUGUAACACAUGUGAAAAAGCCUUCAGCCAGAGGGGACAUCUUACUGAACAUCAAAAAAUUCAUAAUGGAGAGAAACCCUAUAAAUGUAGUGAAUGUGGAAAAGCCUUCAGCCGGAGAAUGUACCUUACUCAGCACCAGAGAAUUCACACUGGAGUUAAACCUUAUAAAUGUAACAUAUGUGGUAAGGCCUUCACCCAGUCUUCAGGCCUUACACAACAUCAGAUAAUUCAUUCUAGAGAGAAACUCUACAAAUGUAGUGAGUGUGGAAAAGCCUUCAGUAACAGCUCAUCACUUAACCUACAUCAGCAAAUACAUGUGGAAGAGAAACCCAAUAAAUGUAAUGACUGUGGAAAAAUUUUCAGUGAUCAGUCAUCUCUUAAUCUACAUCAGAGAACUCAUACUGAAGAGAAACCCUAUAUAUGUAAUGAAUGUGGAAAAAUCUUUAGCAACAACUCAUCCCUUGAUCUACAUCAGAGAAUUCAUACUGCAGACAAGCCCUAUAAAUGUAAUGAAUGUGGGAAAGCCUUUAGUCAGCAGGGAGGUCUUGCUCAGCAUCAAAAAAUUCAUAAUGGAGAGAAACCAUAUAAGUGUAAUGAAUGUGGGAAAGCUUUCAUUUAUAGUAUGCAACUCACUCGACACAUGAGAACUCAUACUGGGGAGAAGCCCUAUAAAUGUAAUGAAUGUUCCAAAGCUUUCAGUGAAAGUUCAUCCCUUAUUGUACAUCAGAGAAUUCAUUCUGGAGAAAAGCCAUAUAGAUGUAAUGGAUGUGGGAAAGUCUUCAGUGCACAGGGAAGCCUUACAAAUCAUCAGAGAAUUCACACUGGAGAGAAACCUUAUAACUGUAGUGAAUGUGGGAAAUCUUUCACCUCCAGCUCAUCCCUCGCGAGACACAAAAGAACUCACACUGGGGAGAAGCCCCAUAGAUGUCUUGAGUGUGGAAAAGCCUUCACUCACAGGUCAUCCUUUACUGUGCAUCAGAGAAUUCACACUGGAGAGAAACCCUACAAAUGUAUGGGGAGAGCCCAUGAAGGUGGAUAUCUGGAGAUCCUUUGUACUGGGCCCAUGGAGACACCAGUAUUUGAUGCCAGGCCCUUGGCCUGCAGAGAAGAGGAAGAACAAUGGCAAAGUAUCAUAUAAAGAACCACAGAGGCCAUGUGGUCCAACCCCCCCCAUAUGCAGACAAGGAAAUAAAGCUGGAGGUUAAAUACCUCAUGCAAGGUCACACAUUAAACAGUACAGUGUGUGAUGCCAAACCUAGCCUUCUUUCCACAAUACUCAUCCGAAUACCAUAUGAGAAACAGGCAGAGUAACCGAAGGGGCUCAGAAGCUAUCUCCUAGGAUGUGGGAGAACAGCCUAGGCAGCUCCUGUUGACAAAAGGAGUGGACUCAUUUGUACCUUAUAUUAGGGGAAAGGGGAAUUUUGUCUUCUUAUAGAUGCACAGAGAAAGGACCUGUUCCUGCUGGAUAAAACACAGUUGGGUCAUGCCUAUGUCAUUAGGCUGCCCUACUCACCUCUUCCCUGGCACCCAAGUAGAGGUGUUAGCAUGCUGCCUUGGUUAUGCUUUUCCCUUGUUGCCUCACCUCUGGACAUCUGAAAAUCUCCAUUGUGAGAGUUAAAAUGUGCUGUAAU